CUUUGGGGCUGCUGACUUCGCUUUCUGACCAGCUCCAGGAUGUGAAACAUACUCGGGGUGGGACGCUGAGGCUGAUAAUAAGAGGCCAUAUCCCCCCCAGUUAUGGCCAAGCGGGAGCGAACUUCCCGUACAGUUGACGGGCAGCAAUGGCAGGGCCAAAGCAUGUUCUGAGCGCGGUAACGGGCUGCUUCGGUUCGAAGAAAAAGACACAGUCGGCACCUGCACAAGUCGAUCAAGAUGAAAGACGGAUACAUUGGCGAACUAUCAUCUUGAUAACCGGCCCCUUUCUACUUGGCCUCGCGUUCUGGCUUUCCCACUUUGCAUUCUUCCAGUACCUGGAUGGCAGAGUUGUCGACGACGUAUCCAUAGGACAAUCACUCGUGAGCACAGUGUCUCUGCUCUUCGUCACCGCCUUCAGGCUUGCCAUGGUAGGGUGCGUGGGACUAUGCUUUGCUCAAUUCCUCUGGUAUCGCCUUCGGCAGACGGCGCUGCCGAUAAAACGGAUUGAGCAGCUCUUCAGCAUCCGCUCCAAUCCUUUCCUGCUCGCGAAUCCCAAGAUCCUAUGGACGACUCCGUUGCUCUUCUCCAUGGCCGUCUACCUCUGGUUCAUUGAGCUGGCUUCCGUUUAUCCCCCUGGAGCCCUCACUGUGGCAUCAGUCCCGUACUGGGUGGAACAGAACGUCAAUAUGCCUGUAAUCAAUCAACCGGUAGCAAAAAUCUUCGAUCCAUGGCAGGAAAACGGAACGUACCCUCUCUUGAGCGAGAUCUGGAAUGAAACCAGCCGUGAUCCCUCUGGGUUCGUCAAAUUCUGGUAUAUGAUGCCUCGCCUGUCUCUCACCGCACUGUCAAAGUUCAUGAUGUCCACCGGCGAUAUUGUCGACCUCUCUCCUCCAAGAGUAGGCCAGAAUGUGUCUUACACGAUGCAAUUCAGAGGACCCCAAGUAUCAUGCGUAGAACAAGUCACCAACAUCACCCAGGAAGGUGACUUCAACCAAGUGGCCAUCUUCAACACCACCUGGGACAGCAACCACACCUUCGUCAAAAGCGUGCAUCGCUACGUCGGCUAUUUUACAGAAUCAAAUCAUUCAAAUUUCGUUGGAGACAUUUUCCACCUCCCCGACGAGGAGGCGCCGAAAACUUUUCUCGCCAUUGAGCAGACGCAGCUGAGAUGCGACACCUUCUCCAUGCUGUAUAACCUAAACAUCUCCUACGAGCGGGGUGUUCAGCAGAUCAAAUACUCUCUGACUGACGCACAGCCGCUUCAACUCCGAAAACGUUUCUUUGCAUAUAGCAAGCCGGGCCGACUCGAUCUGCCGGAUAUUUCAGGCAAGGAUUUCGCGCAGUGGCCUGAGGUGAUGAAGAAGCUGCUCGAGUCCUGGAGCGUGUUCGCGAUUGUCGAUGCCUUGCUGCUCAAUAUGAAGUAUAGCUGGAUCAACCAGAUCGGUCCGGAAUUUGCUAACAAUGCAUCGACAUCCAUCGGUGAAUGGAAGCUAGAUAACGGAACCGUUGUCAAAUUAGCCGGAGUGACAACGUCAGAUAUACUCGGGAAAAACUCAUCCUCCGACGGCACCGCCCUCCAAACCCUCAAACUGCUCAACCCCCCGACCCUCCUGCAGGACUCCAUCUUCGACCCCCUCCGCUUCGCCAACGACCAACCCAUCAACCACGACGCCUCCCUCACAAACAUCAACUGGGAAAACCCCUUCGACCCGCGGCAACUCAACAUCAGCGAACCCUCGCUCAACGCGCUCCUCACCAACCUCACCAUCUCCAGCCUCUCGCUCGGCGUCGACCACGCCGAUAUCCCCGUGACGGUCUCGGACCACAGGAACACGUACACGUUCUCCGACAAGGUGAAUUUCUUCGUGCCCUAUGCACUAUGUCUCGGCGUCGCGCUGUGCUACGUCGGCGUCGGUAUAUGGGCGCUGCUCGCCAACGGGGUGCCUGCUACCGAUGGCGGGUUUUUGCAGAUCAUGAUGGCGACGAGGGGGAGGACGGAGAUGGAGGAGUUGGUGUUGAGGGAGGGAUUGGUGGGGACGAGCGAUUUGUCGAGGGAGUUGUUGGGGUUGAGGAUUCGGUUUGGGGAGUUGGUCGAGGUUGUUGUGGAGGAUGGAGGGGGUGAGGGGCUGGGGGAGGGAGAGGGAGAGGGAGAGGGAGGAGAAGCGUCGCCGGUUAGGGUCGUGAGGAAGGGGACGAUUACGUUUGGGACCGAGGGGGAGACGGUGCCGUUGAGGCGGAGGGGGACGGGGUUGCCGAGUCCGUGUUGAUCUCUUCUAUCAAUGAUCAUCACCAAUUUCCCUCGGUGGUGUGUUCACCAUCAUCAUGGUCUAUUCCACUGAAAUAACCUUGCACUCCGGUACUGUCCAAAAUCCCGAGAGCAAGGCACAAGGAACAUCUAUUUGGCGAUUUUCGUUUUAGGAAGAAGCAGCGACACGCACAUGUCACCUUUAGGAGUUGGCUUUUUGAAAGUUCCAGUACCCAGUAGUGAGUGGUAGAGGGAGGGGAGGGUUUGAGGAGAAUAUAUACUAGGUUGG